AUGGCUAGCCUACAUCCAUUUGACCCCAUCACCCCUGGGGAAAUCCAGCUGGCAGUGCGGAUCCUCGAGUCCGCCUUCCCGGGUGUCAAGUUGCGGUAUAAGCGCAUCGAUCUUCAGGAACCCACCAAGCAUGAGGUCGUCCCUUACCUUGAGGCUGAACGCCGUGGAGAGCCACGCCCUCCCAAGCCCGCUCGUCUGUUGAUGACGCUGUUCCACCGCAUGGACAACGGGUCCUUCUUCAAGGCCUUGUUGAACGCUGACUCCAAGUCCGUCGUGUCGGCCAAGGAACUCCCCAAGGAUGUUCAAGGCCCCUUGGAUGUGGAUGAGAUGAUGGAGAUAGAGCAGAUGUACCUCGACCAUCCGGCCGUCAAAGCAGAGAUUGAGAAACUGAAGUUGCCCCAAGGCAUGACCGUCUGCUUGGACCCGUGGAUCUACGGCACCGACGACGCUAAGGAAUCCCGACGCUUGUUCCAGUGCUAUAUGUACAUUGUGGCCGUCGACCAUCCUCAAAACAACCAGUACUCUCUUCCCUGCAAAUUCUCCCCUGUCUUCGAUGGCAUCACCCGCAAGCUGGUGCGCAUGGAUUACCUCCCCGAAGGUGCAGGCACCCAGAGCACAGACACGCAGCCGUGGAAGCAGGUGCCUGCUAUUCAAUACGCGCACGAGUUGCUGGACGAGCCGCUGCGCACUGAUGUGAAGCCUUAUAUUGUGCAGCAGCCUGAGGGUGCUUCGUUUAAUGUUAUCGGAAACGCCGUUUCAUGGCAGAAGUGGCGUUUCCGUGUCGGCUUCAACAACCGUGAGGGCUUAGUGUUGCACAAUAUUACCUAUGACGGUCGUAGCACUUUUUACCGUCUGUCAUUCUCUGAGAUGACUGUUCCUUACGGAGAUCCCCGUGCCCCCUACCAUCGCAAGCAGGCUUUCGACGUCGGUGACGUUGGAUUCGGCAUCACAGCAAACCAACUGGCCCUGGGCUGCGACUGCCUCGGGCACAUUAAAUAUUUCGACGGUUAUCGUACCGAUGCCAAGGGCGAGCCCAUCCAGCUCAAGAACGUCAUUUGCAUGCACGAGCAGGACAACGGCCUGCAACACAAGCACACAAACUACCGCACCGGCGCCGCGACUGUCGUCCGCAACCGCCAGCUCGUGGUCCAGAUGAUCUGCACCGUCGCCAACUACGAAUACAUCUUCGCAUUCAUCCUCGACCAAGCAGCAAACAUCGAGCUCGAGGUUCGCGCCACCGGUAUCCUUUCCACCGUGCCCUUCGACAAUGAAAACGGUCAGACCGUACCGUGGGGUACAAACGUCGGCCCAGGCGUGAUGGCGCCAUUCCACCAGCAUUUGUUCUCAUUGCGUAUUGAUCCCGCGCUGGACGGAUACAAGAACACUGUCUAUUACGAAGACAGUGUGCCCAUGCCCGAGGAUGACAAUAACCCCUACCUGGUCGGAUACACCACCGAUCAGAAGGUCAUCAAGACUAGUGGCAGUGAAUCGACCAGCGUGGAGAAGCACCGCGUGUUCAAGAUCCGCAACGACCACAUCAUCAACCCGAUCACGCACCACCCGAUCGCGUACAAGUUGAUGACCUCGCCCAGCCAAAUGCUCCUAGCCCACCCAAAGUCCUACGGCCUGAAGCGCGCACAGUUUGCAACCCGCCCAAUUUGGGUGACCAAGUACCGAGACGACGAGCUCUUCGCCGCAGGCGAAUUCACGAACCAAAGCAAGGAAUCGCAAGGGGUGGAGAAGUGGGCUGCGAGAAAUGACGCAGUUGAGGACGAGGACGUUGUUCUCUGGCAUACUUUCGGUCUUACCCACAACCCGCGUAUCGAGGACUUCCCCGUUAUGCCGAUGGAGCGUGUUAGUGUCAUGCUUAAGCCGGAUGGGUUCUUUACUAAGAACCCGGCGCUGGAUGUGCCGCAGUCGGAUCAGUCGUUUAACAAGUCUACUCUGCACCCUGAGCCGUCUUGCUGCGCUGGGCCUCAGGAUCGCAGCCAGGUGAAGUUGUAA